AAUUUGGAUUAACUCUUUAUUAUUAUUAGUACUACUACAACUAUAUAUUAUCAUUAAAUAUAAUAGUUUAAUUAUAAAUAACGAAUAAACAACCCGACGAAUCAAGAGAAACAAAAGAAGAAAAAGAAUAAAGACGAAUCCCAAGGAAAUUGUUUCAUAAGAAAUAGAUGUCCCCACUUAUUUGGGUUCAAACGCAUUCCCACUCUGUUCACAUCCAAUUUGUUUUUUCUUUUCAUGAUCAAAUAUCAAGUAUACAAAAAUUUCCUGUAUUUGCCCCACGUCUUCUUCAUGUUGCAGCCCUUUUUUUUAUUCCCUUCAUUCCAAACGAAUAUUAUUAUUACUUGCAACUUUUUCUUUCUCUCCAUUUCUAUUCUUCUCUAUUUCUCCCAUUUUGGUUUUUUUUUGUGUAUCAAUCAAUACCUUUGUAUUUGUUUUUAUUAAUUAAUCAUCUUAUAAGAUUCUUCCCUUUUGUUUUUUUGUUUUUUACCCUCCCUCUCUGUCUUUGUUAGUCAGCUCAUUUUUUUGGCACGAUCUAUACAUCUAUUAGGGUCAUACAUCCUUCUUUUACCUUUUCCUUUUACUUUCACUUUUUUUUCAUGUUUAAUUGUUUUUAGGAAAUAUACAAAUCUAUAAAUUCAUGAAGUAGCUCAUCGAUAGAGGCAUAUUGCAGGAGGAGAAACGG